GCGCAAUCGCCUCCGAGCGCCUGCACCGGGAUGGCGGCCGUUUUGGAGUCGUUGCUGCGAGAGGAGCUGUCGGUCGCAGCCGCUGUGCGGUGGAUCACGCGCAGCGCCCAGAGUUCGGAGGAUGACCCCGGGGAGGCGGCCGCGCUGAUCUCACUUCGGCCGCUGCGGAAGGAAUUCGUGCCAUUCCUGCUGAACUUCCUGAGGGAACAGAGCAGCCGCGUCCUCCCGCAGGGCCCCCCAACCCCCGCCAAGGCCUCGGGGUCCUCGGCAGCCUUGCCAGGGAGACCCGGGGGCCCGCCGCGGGGCGGCCGCGGGGCGCGCAGCCAGCUCUUCCCUCCGACCGAGCCUUCGAGCCCCACCGCCGCUGAGGCCCCUUCGGCCCGCCGUGGGGGCAGGAGGCGGGGCCCGGGGCCGGCCCGUGAGCGAGGAGGCCGCGGCCCCGGGGCCCUGGAGGAGGGGGUCAGCGGGGAGAGCCUGCCCUGGGCCGGGAGCCGGAGGCCCAAGAGCUCUGGCAGCCCCGGCAGCCCCAGCCUCGCGCGCUCUGAUCCGCCAAACCUCAGCAACCUGGAGGAAUUCCCUCCCGUAGGCUCGGUUCCCCCCGACUCUGCAGGCAGGACCAAGCCUUCACGCAGGAUCAACCCAACUCCGGUGAGCGAAGAGCGGUCACUCUCCAAGCCCAAGACUUGCUUCACCUCACCCCCAAUCAACUCUGUCCCCAGUUCCCAACCCUCAGUCCUGGACACUAGCCCUUGGGGCCAUAGCCUUUCCCCAGGGUGCAGAAGUCUGCAAGAGGAGCGGGAGAUGCUCAGGAAGGAGCGCUCUAAGCUGCUGCAGCAAUCACCUGCUCCCGCCUGUCCCACCCCAGAAUCAGGAUGUCCUCACCCCAGCCGGACAGGAAACCUCACAGCUGAACCCGCUGACCCUGCCAGAGUAUCCUCCCGCGAGCGUCUGGAGCUGGUAGCCCUUGUCUACUCUUCAUGCAUUGCAGAAAACCUGGUACCAAACCUCUUCUUGGAGCUUUUCUUCGUCCUUCAGCUCCUUACCGCCCGGAGGAUGGUGGCUGCCAAGGACAGUGACCUUGAACCAAAUCCAGGAGCCGUAGAUUCCCUGGAAAGCCCUCUGUUCCAGAGUGUCCAUGAUUGUGUCUUCUUUGCAGUGCAGGUUUUGGAGCAUCAGUUUCACGUUCUUUCCCACCUGGACAAAGGGACCUUGAAGCUGUUGGCUGAGAAUGAACGGCUACUGUGCUUCUCACCAGUUCUGCAAGGCCACCUGCGAGCUGCCUACGAGGGCAGUGUUGCCAAGGUCUCUCUGGCGAUGCCACCUUCUGCACAAGCUGUCUCCUUUCAGCCAGAAACUGACAAUCGUGCCAACUUCUCCAGUGAUCGAGCCUUUCAUACUUUUAAAAAACAGAGGGAUGUGUUUUAUGAGGUGCUUCGAGAGUGGGAAGAUCGCCAUGAAGAGCCUGGCUGGGAUUUUGAGAAGGGCUUGGGCAGCAGGAUCAGAGCCAUGAUGAGUCAACUCUCUGCAGCCUGCAGCCACAGCCAUUUUGUUCGACUUUUCCAAAAACAACUUCUCCAGAUGUGUCAGAGUCCUGGUGGUGCUGGGGGCACUGUCUUGGGCGAGGCUCCAGAUGUGUUAAAUAUGCUUGGAGCUGACAAGCUGGGGCGGUUGCGGCGCCUGCAGGAACGGCUUGUGGCCCCUCAGAGCAGUGGAGGGCCCUGCCCACCCCCCACCUUCCCAGGCUGUCAGGGCUUCUUCAGGGACUUCAUCUUGAGUGCCAGCAGCUUCCAGUUUAAUCAGCAUCUCAUGGAUAGCCUGAGUUUGAAGAUCCGGGAGCUCAACAGCCUUGCCCUGCCUCAGCCUGAGCCCAGUGAUGAAGACGGGGAAUCAGACGUGGACUGGCAGGGUGAACGGAGGCAGUUUGCUGUGGUGCUGCUCAGCCUGAGGCUUCUGGCUAAAUUCCUGGGCUUUGUGGCUUUCCUGCCAUACCGGGGGCCCGAACCACCCCCGACCCGUGAGCUCCAGGACACCAUUCUGGCCCUGAGGAGCCAGGUGCCCCCGGUCCUGGAUGUGCGGGCUCUGCUGCAGCAGGGGCUGCGGGCCCGGCGAGCAGUGCUCACGGUGCCCUGGCUGGUGGAGUUCCUUUCCCUGGCUGACCACAUCGUCCCCAUGCUGGACUAUUACCGCAGUGUCUUCACUCUCCUGCUGCACCUGCAUCGGAGCUUGGUCUUGUCAAAGGAGAAUGAAGGGGAGAUGUGUUUCCUGAACAAGCUGCUGCUGCUGGCUGUCCUGGGCUGGCUUUUCCAGAUUCCUACAGUCCCUGAGGACCUGUUCUUUCUGGAAGAGGAUCAGUUGGAUGCCUUUGAGGUGGACACAGUAGCUUCAGAGCAUGGCUUGGACAGCAUGCCUGUGGUGGACCAGCACCUGCUCUACACUUGCUGCCCCUAUAUUGGAGAGCUCCGCAAACUGCUCGCCUCCUGGGUAUCAGGAAGCAGUGGACGGAGUGGGGGCUUCGUCAGGAAAAUCACCCCCACCACCACCACCACCGGCCUGGGAGCCCAGCCUCCCCGGACCACCCAAGGGCUGCAGGCACAGCUGGCUCAAGCCUUUUUCCACAACCAGCCACCCUCCCUGCGCAGGACCGUGGAGUUCGUGGCAGAGAGAAUCGGCUCGAACUGUGUCAAGCAUAUCAAGGCCACGCUGGUGGCAGAUCUGGUGCGCCAGGCAGAGUCGCUUCUUCAAGAGCAGCUGGUGACGCAGGGACAGGAAGGGGGAGAUCCAGCCCAACUGUUGGAGAUCUUGUGUUCCCGGCUGUGCCCUCACGGGGCCCAGGCAUUGACCCAGGGGCGGGAGUUCUGCCAAAAGAAGAGCCCUGGUGCCGUGAGGGCAUUGCUCCCUGAGGAGACCCCGGCAGCUGUUCUGAGCAGUGCAGAGAACAUUGCUGUGGGGCUUGCAACAGAGAAAGCCUGUGCUUGGUUGUCAGCCAAUGUCACAGCACUGAUCAGAAGGGAGGUGAAAGCGGCUGUGAGUCGCAUGCUUCGAGCCCAGGGUCCUGAGCCAGCUGCCCGGGGGGAGCGGAGGGGCUGCUCCCGUGCCUGUGAGCACCAUGCUCCCCUCCCCUCCCACCUCAUCUCCGAGAUAAAAGAUGUGCUCUCUUUGGCCGUGGGGCCCCGGGACUCUGAGGAGGGAGUUUCCCCAGAGCAUCUGGAGCAGCUUCUAGGCCAGCUGGGCCAGAUGCUGCGGUGUCGCCAGUUCCUGUGCCCACCUGCUGAGCAGCAUCUGGCAAAGUGCUCUGUGGAGUUAGCAUCCCUCGUUGUUGCAGAUCAAAUUCCUGUCCUAGGGCCCCCGGCACAGCAGCAGCUGGAGAGAGGGCAGGCUCGAAGGCUCCUGCUCAUGCUGGUUUCCCUGUGGAAGGAGGACUUCCAAGUGCCGGUUCCGCUGCAGCUGCUGCUGAGGCCAAGAAACGUGGGGCUUCUGGCAGCCGCUCGGCCGAGGGAGUGGGACCUGCUGCUCUUCUUGCUCCGGGAGCUGGUAGAGAAAGGUCUGAUGGGACGGAUGGAGAUAGAGGCCUGCCUAGGCAGCCUCCAUGAGGCCCAGUGGCCAAGGGAUUUUUCUGAAGAAUUAGCAACACUGUUCAACCUGUUUCUAACUGAACCCCAUGUGCCACAACCUCAGCUAAGAGCUUGUGAGCUGGUGCAGCCAAACCGGGGGACUGUGCUGGCCCAGAGCUAGGGCUGGGAAGCGGCCCUACCUUGGGCAUCUCGCCAGAGCGCUGGAACCCAGCCUGACUGUGCCUCAGGAGGAGGCCCCAGAGCCACCCCAAGUGCCCACCCUGACCCUUGCUGGUGUGGAAGUAGCUCAGUCUGUCAUCAGGCUUCCUGCUCACAUGUGAAGGAAGAGAGUGGCAGCCUGGCAUCCCCGUGACUGUGGGCUCACCAUCCCAAGUCCUAAAGGAAGCAGGAGGGGGUCACCCGAUUCAGGAUUAUGGUGGAAGAACCUAGAGACUCCAGUCCUGGAGAAGAAGAGUUGGCAUUUAUUAUGAAAUGAUGUGUGGGGGCUUGUCGGCACAAGAUUCAAGCCCCACUUGCUGCUGUCCCAGCAUCUCUUAGAGCUUUGUGGUUUGGGAAAUCAUGACUGACAGAGGGAAGUGACUUCUGCUUAACUUGUGAGUAAAGUUAAACAUGAAUCUUGGGAGUCUACGUCUUACCACCAGGAGCUGGACUGCCAUCUCCUUAAAAACGUACAACAAAUGUGGGGCUCGCCCAACAGAAACCUGCCUUUACCUUGCACCCCACCUGCCUUCAGUCCCGUGCAGGUAGUAACUUUUGACUCUAGCUCCAUCCAGGGGCCAAGCACGGGCAGAACAUUAGAGUUUUUUAAAAUAAACUGUUUUCUUUACCAAGGG